AGUCAGAUUAGGGUGCUGUAUGCUAUUCGUCGUGGUCUCAGAGAGAGUGAGUACUCUAGUACCCGGUUGUGUUAGGACACGUGUACUCGGAGAGUGACAGACCUCUCCCCAGACAUACUGAGACUACAGAGUCUACCAGGUGUAGUGGUCCAGGAAGACUGUUGUCCUGUUGGUAAUGAUGGUGACUGCACCACUGAGUCUGGGGAGAAGUGGCUACUCGUUGGCUCUCACUCACUGCUCAACAGUCUAAUGGAGGGACUGCAGUGUGGGCAUCCUAAAGAACGUGAACUGCUGUCAAAUCUCAGAAAACUUUAUUCUGUCGUCACCAAAUCACUCCCCUCGUGACAAUGACCACUUUUCCACCUGUUGCUUGCACAUAGCACAAGUUUUAUUCCCAAAAGACACCGUAACCUUAUACUUACGUAUACUUAUGUGUAUUGGCAAAAAUAACACCAAUACAUAGUCUCAGGUACUCAGACCACUCGCAUCAUGUUGGAGUGACUGUUGCUUCCAGUGAUCUUGUUUGCCAUGGACCAAAAAGAGCAUUCGUGAGUGUUUAGAGCAAGAUGCCAGGGGCAUCCUCAUUACCAUGGAGACGGUCCACUGAUGUCAUUCUGAUAAUGUGGGUCCUGGCGGGCUUCUCCCUCGGAGCCAACAUUGGUGUCAGGUUCAUUGGAGAGAGGGUCCACUGGAGGUCACACUUUCUCUGUGCCGUGUCAGUCUGCCAGGAUUAUGACCCCAACCAGAGUUCUGGGAUGACAGAGACCAAUGACAUCACCAUUACAUCACAAGACACUCUGCAGAGCCUGCUCGCAAGGGUUGGGCUUACUGAACACAUGGAGCUUUUUCAGUCCAAUGAAAUAGAUCUGGAAGCUCUGUUGUUGAUGAGUGACAAAGACUUCUCAGAAAUUGGUCUUCCACAGGCUGCACAGACAACUCUGAUGAACUCUCUGGGAAGAAGAACACCGUCUGCCGUGAGAGAAGAGGGCGUGGCCUCGUCCGCGGCCGAUCAGGGAGACGGGAGGGGAUUCCCCUCAGGCAGUCGACAGCAGGAAGACUCUUUAUAGCGACUGCCCUCCAUCUCCUAAGAUGAGGUGUUUGACAAGGCUGUCUGAGUGUGGCUAACAAUCUUCUUCCUCUCCUCUCUCUCCUUCUCUCUCUCUCUCUCUCUCUCUCUGUCUCCUCAACACACCAUUUGCUGUACUAUGAUUCAAGCUCUAGCCACUAGUUAAGUCAGCACGCCUCAGCUGGUAAUAGAGUAACACUCACGCACACACACUGUUGAAAUUACAGACACAAAUUAUAUGUGUGUCCCUCUCUGUAAUGAUAUUUGCUAAUGAGACACAAGUUCAUUCAUCAAUGGAAAUACAAUUUAGAGGCCCUGAGAUGUAGCUGUCUGACACUUGUAAGUAAAUGCAGUGAUUACGGGUAUGUGUUGAGUGAUCAUAAUAUGCCAGCUUAGUGCAAAACACAAGAUAGUAAAGCAGAUAAUACACACGAAAGCUGU